AUGGGGGCCAGUUGCAAGGACCAGCGGAAAGCAGUGGCUAUAUGUCUCCAACGCUCGCCAUGCGUGAUGAUCGAGCGGAACACACCCAAGAAAUGUCUUGAGGACCCAGAACUGCGCAAGCAAAUGCCAGACCUGUGCAUCGCGCAGAUGCGGUCGUUUCUGGAGUGCAAGCGUGGGAUGGUGGACAUGACCAAGCGGUUCCGCGGAAACGGCGCGAUGUCGACGGGGCGCUACGACCAGCAGUACGAGAACCUGUCCACCGGGAACUUCAACGCACGGGCAGAGAUGCAGAAGCUCGAGGAGCUCGACGAGAGCAACAAGACGUAA